UGCGUGCGCGCCAGGCGCGGCGGAGAUGGAGCGCGGGGCUGUGCGGGCCAUGGCGGCCCGGCUGGGCCUGGCCGAGUCCGCCSUUCUCAGAAAAGCUGAGGAGUAUCUACGGCUGUCGCAGGUGAAAUGCACGGGAUUAAUGGCUCAAAUGACGGCGACAAGCAGUGCUGUGAUGUGCCUGGACCUGGCGGCGAGUUUCAUGAAACAACCAAUUGACAAAAGCUAUUGUGUCAAACUCUCYGGUUUGAACAAGACCACCUACCAGAGCUCCAUGAAGUCUUUGGAGUGUUUGCUAGAGGUGAACCAAAAGCUGGGGAUGCGAGACUUGGCUGUGCAGUUUUGCUGCUCAGAGGCAGUGAACAUGGCUUCAGAAAUCCUGCAGAGRUAUGAAUCCAGCCUCUCGGAGGCACAGCGAGUGGACCUGGAUUUCUCAAAACCCCUGUUUCUAACAGCUGCACUCUGCACUGCAUGCAGGUGUUUGAAGCUAAAAGUGGACAAGACUAAAAUGCUGGCUACAUCUGGAGUGAAAAAAGCAAUAUUUGACCGACUGUGCAAUCAGCUGGAGAAGAUAAGCCAGCAACUCAGCAAAGAAAUUCCACCAGCUGCAGAGACACCUGACAGCUUGCAGACCGCCCUGGAGCAGUGUGMGCAGGAAGAGGGCUCUGAAGAUGAUGAGGAGAUGCCAUCUAAACGGCCAAAGACUGAAACAAAUCAGGACUAUGARGAAUGGAAAAAGAAAAUCCUGGAAAAUGCUGCUAAGGCACGAGAGACAAGUAGCACUGACUCUGCACUGCCASCCAGUAAUGUAACUGCUGCUUGCUCUUAAUUUUAACUCUCCCUCUGAUUCAGUAGUAUAUGAGUGAUGGCUGCCUGGCAGACAGCUGAUUUUAUUUAUGUUUUAAGRAUUUAAGAAUGUUAUUUUUAAUAAAUGGCACCAUGGAUUGAUGUGAUUUUACAGGAAGCCUGUGUGACUGCUCACCAGGCUGUGGCAUUAGGGGGUAGCACAGCCUCCUUCUCUUGCUGCAAGAGCCAGGUAACAUUCUAAUGCUACGUUAAGUGUAAAUAAGUUAUAAGUUACAGGCCCUUGGGUCCCUGGCUGGAAGCAGUGAGUGAAAUAAGAGGGAGGAGGCUAUAACAGUGCCUUGUUAAACUGCAAAGCCAGCAGASAAAUGAAGCCUUAUUUUUUUAGGUUUUGGUUGUUGUUUUUUUAAAUAAAUAUUAUUUAGUCAUUGGAUUUUACUUAUUUGCAUGUGUAUGGGAAUGAAAUCUCUUGUGCUUUUGUAACGGGUCCCAAAUAUUCCAAGAAACAAAGUACUGGAAGGAAAAGCUUUGUAUUGUGUGACAUCAUGAUCUUGGCACACAUACUUGGAAUGCAAAAUAAAAAACAUAAAGGAGAUGCCUGUGCUUUAAGCAGGAAGAUUCCAGGGGAAAAGGAUGUUGACUGGGUAACAGGUUUUUUUUGUGUUUUGCAGUUAUAAGCUUAGAGAAGAGGUCUUUGUUUCAUUUGUUUCAUGUUUUCUGGCCUGUAUCUCUGGACCUACCCAGAAAUAAUUUCAGGUUUGUUUGACAGGGAGGCUUAAACCAAAACUGAKGAAUAGGCUUGUUCCACUUUCAGGAAAUUUAUUAGUAUUAAUUCAGAAAUAUACAGACCAAUAAAUACAAUGGCAUUCAGCAUGCAGAAACGCUGUGGAAGGAAAACAUGAACAAAAGUGGCCCUUCAUAGAAGGUGAUAAAUGAUUGAGAUUCUUCUCUGUCCCAAUUCUGGAAAUGCUGCAAAAGUCAGGACUAUGCAGAGUGAGAAGCACUCGAGUGGAAAAGAUUAGGAUAAGCCAGUCUUACAAACCUCGUCAUUAGCAACCAACACUUCUGCAAAUUCAAGUGAUGUGAAAGUCCAUAAAGUUCAAGGGAGCCUUACGGGUGCCUUCUCUGGAAAGCUUCUUUUAGUAGYAUUAGUUUCCAUUUUUCCUAAGAAGCCAUACAGUUCACACUGAGUUUUGCAGAAUCCAGAACAGGAAACCACAAGCUUAAAAACUAAUGUUAUACUUUUCUCUGAGAGAUUGUAAGUGGCUCCCACUCUACACGUAAGAAAAGAGUUAAAAAUCCAAAAUAAGUUAAUGUUGUGAAGAAAGGGUUUAAUGUUCAAGAGCAAAGUGAAGGGGGAUAAAAAGGGCUUCAACCUCCUAACUGGACUAAAGGCAGAGUCUGGCAACACUCUUGUUUCCCUGUCACUGAAUCUAUUAGAAAUAAAACCUGUUUUGCAUGUCACACCAUACCAGCUCCUCAGACUUCAUUAACAUUUCCAGAGAGGAGAAACAAAUCCCUAAACUAAAACUUACCAACUUAAAUGCUGCAGUCCCAGACAAUGAGAAGCACUUACUAGUUUUAAAAACAUAAAAUYUCUGGAAAUCUCUUAUUUUCUGGACAACAUGAGAUCUUUUUGCAUAGACCCAACAGUCAUGAGGUGAUUUGYAUUCAUGGCAGUUUCACAUAUCUCA